AAAUAAAUCUACAUUAUUAGUUCCAUAAUCAGAGUGAUAUCCAAAUAAUUCUUAAAUUUGGAGAAAGAAAACUUUAUGCAAAAAAAAUAAGUUUGUUGUCCCAUGAAACUUAGUAAUAUGACCUAGAUUCGGUCCAGCUGACCUAUUUUUGAACACAAAAAAAAAAUAUUUUGUCAAAAUCAGAAGAAUAAAUUCUUUUUCCCAUUUUGAAGAAAAAAUAUAAAACUACAUAUUUCAAAACAAAAAUUGGUGGGGUCUAUGCUUAUUUAGAAACAUUGGCCUAUUGAAUUCCCUCAAUUUCCCUCAUUUUACACAAGAGUUAAUUCCCCUUGCAGAACUCUUCAGUGUAAAAGUCAGUAAGGAGUGUGUGUUUGGCAGACACAAUCUGAACACAAUUUUUUAAAGCAAAAAAUAUUAUCCAUACUUUAAAAUGUCUUGAAACAUUUGUUAAUUUUUCAAAAGAGAUCCUAGUUAAAAGCCAUAUGAGGAGCUGUUGAAACAAAAGUAGAAAAAACAUUAAUUUGUGAAUGGAAUGAGUUGUAAAUUUAAAGACAGUAAAUAUGCAGGUGUGAGGUGUGAUGGAAAGAAUUUUCUACUAGCAUCUCUGAAAUCGGACGAUGCAGAUCUACUGUUAUCUGAAAUAGGUCUGUUAAACACCUACAAAACAGAGGAGUAUGCCAUUUGUGGUGAACAUUUAAAGAAUAUUAAAGAAGAAAAUCGUCUUUCAUGGGUCAGGAGAAAAUGUUGCAUUCCAUCCUCAAUUUCAGCACACAAAAGUGUGGCUAAAGGAGACAGAAAAAUAACAAAGGAUGUCAUGCAUAAAAUUCUUACUACAACUGGACUUGUAGUGCCUAUUGGUGCACCAAUUUGCACAAACUGCAGAAAAGAGUUGUCAGUUAAACCAGUAGAGACUAUUUGCCAUGAAUCUUAUGCAGAGGGUGCCACAUCAUGCAUUGCAAUUGCUGAGGAAAAAUGAGAACGACACACUAUUGUUGAGGUAAAUUGUUUUUCUGAUGCUGAUAGUGAAAGCCAGCCAAUUUUCAGCCAACACUCUGAGGCUUCUGUGUGUGGCAUUUGGAAACUUGAGAAGCUUAAUGCUUAUCUUGAAAUAACAAAUGUUUCUCCAGUAAAAGAAAAGACAACACCAUUAAUUACUUCCUGUGAGAAAACA